AGGAGCCUCGCUGCAGAGUUCUGGUGGUCGAGGGCUUUCUGUUAAAACAUGUGAAGAGUGUGUUACAGUAAUCUAGACGGGAGGAGAUAAAGGCAUGGAGAACCAUUUCAAGUUUGUGUUUUGACACCAACCUUCAUAGUUUGGAGAUGUUUCUCAAAUGACACAACAGUUUUGGACCAGCAUUUUUGAGUGGCCUUCAAGAGACAUUGAUUGGUAGUUUGAAUGGACAGCAGUAGUUAAAUGACCAAGUUGUUGACUAAUCAGAAGAACCGUGCUCUCAGUUGCAAUGAUCAGACAUUCAGUCUUUUCAGAGUUUAACUGAAGGACGUUAUCUUCUAGUCAGCUGGUGAUAGCUGAUAGAUACUUUAGUAGUCCAGACUGUUUAUGAAACUCAGAGUUCUUAAAGGAGCAGUACAGAAUGUCAUCUGCAUAUACGGUAGGUGAUAGAGGACAUUAAGACUCAGUUAUCUGUCCAAAAGAGUGUAUAUAUAGUAAAAAUAUGAGUGGGCCCAAAACAGAGCCUUGGGGUACCCCGAGGAACAGAUCGGUAGAAUCUGACACCAUUUGGUUUUUACAGACACUGUAACUUCUGUUAGAAAGGUUCUAGAAGUAGAACAGUUCUAGAGAUCCCCACUGAGUCACAAAGUCUGUUAAAUACAUGGAAGCAGAACAAUCUUUCAUACUGCAGUGAGUUCUAAAAGGACAACACAAGCUGUCAUAAACAACGUCAGGAGAAUAAAUAUGGGACGCCGUCGUGUUUAUUCAUGUCUGCUUGAGUCUGUUCUAAAGGAACAAACACCUCUAGAUGUUUGACUUUAUCAGUAUGUUUCAGUUCUGAAGAGUAGAAAAUUAGGUUGAGGGUUCCACUUAAAGGUGAGGCUUCAUGCCUCGGUUUUGAUGGUAGAACAUGUGUGAAAUCAGCUUGUUCUGUCAUCAAAGUCAUCUUUAUCUUCACUGUCUCAGGAGAAAUCUCUGAUGCCAACCUAAAAGGCUGCUUAACUCAAUCUUUCUGGGUGGAAUCUUUCAUUUAUUUCUUCUCAUGGUAAGAUAGGAUGAUGUUUAUGAGGCAAACUCUCAUUUUAAACCUGCAUUUUAACUUUCCUCUGUUAUCGUGUGUUUGUGAGGGAAAUACCAGCAGCUGCUUUCACAUAUUCAGAUGCAGAUGUUUGCAGAGGCCUUUCACUUGGAUCUCUGGCUCCACCUCCAGCUCCAACGGCUCAUCCAGACAUGAAAAGGAGCCGUUAGCCUGCAGAGCACACACCCUCUACUGUCCCAAUCUCCCUGCAGGCCUUAAAUCUAGAAGCUGACUAGAUGAGAUUCACACACGCUCUCGCUCAGAUCCCAGAUGCCUCCGGAUUCCAGCGCUACACCCUUGAGGAUGCAGGAACAACCUGAACCUAAGCCGCCUCUUGUUAGCAAAGCCAGUAGAAGUCAUGGUGAGGCCUUCAGAGGAGCCCACACCUGGCUAGCAAAGAUAGCUAUUGUGCUCCAGCAAGCUCCAGGCAGGAUGCUCACUUUCGCUCAGUUGAUAAAGAAGUUGGCCCCCACAGCAUCUCAGCGAAAAUCUGCAGAGUCGGGCAUUAGAGAGUGUUUAUCAAGCCAAAGAUGUUUCACCAAGAUCCCAAUGGUCCAGAAUUCACCCAUCAGCAAGAAGAACCUCUGGAAACUGGACUGCAGUCAGAUCACAGCCAAGAUGGUUCGUCGUCACUUUAAAGAACUCCUGCAGCUCUUCCCUGAACUGGCUUCUAAAGUGGAAACCCAGACCUCAAAGAACGCACCUGAAGAGCAGCGGGAUCUCCCUCCUCCUGGAGCCGCCGCCUGCACCGACAUCAGACGCCAGACGUUCAGCAGCCCCUUCUCCAUCGAGUCCCUUCUGAGGAGAGACACGAGUCCCCAGCCAUCACACACACAAAGCUUCAGCUGCUUCUCCAGGGAACCUGAUCUCCAUCCUUCAGCUGGAUCCUUCCCUGUCUGCCCAGCAGGGGGCAGCACACAUCAUGAACAGCCUUCAUUCCUCUGCACAGGAGAUGCUCCUUACUUCACUAGAGGUUACAUCAUUUACUCUGUGCAGAUGCUAACUCUGGGUAACCACUAUUGUUGAAUGUGAGUUAAUGUGUGUGUUGUUUCUGCUAUUUUUGCAGUUUUUCAUGUAUUAACUCACACAAAGCCCCUAACUGCUUUCCAAUGUCUUCAGAGUCAUUCUGAACUGAGUUUAACGUGCAAUAAUUGUAAAAACGCUCGUGUAAUAAUUUUGUUCUGAUAAAUAAACUCAUUCUGACCU